AUGAACUCCACCUGUAUAUCCGGUGGACAAGCAGUGAUUAUUCAAGAUGCAGCUUCGUGGAAUACUACCGGGUGUCCAAAGGGCUUUUACUGUCCAAAUAAUACUCUUUCAAAUCUACCAGAAUACUGUCCUCCAACUCCUCUUUGUCAAAUACUGAGGUUCUCAGGAGGAGCAUGUAUACCAACCAUGGGAACCUACGAACCUUCGUUUUGUCCAGCUGGAUAUUUCUGUCCAGAGCCAGGGAAGCUACAAAAUCCAUGUCCAGCGGGAUCUUAUUGUCGCGCAGGAUCAGCUUUACCAACAAAAUGUGCAAUUAGCUCGAGAUGCCCGGAAAGAAGUGUUAGAGAUAUGAAUCUUGUUCCAGUGGCUAUUUUAAUUGUUGUGGAUGUGGUAAUGUUAAUGGGAGCACUGGGUAUAACUUUGAAACGAAAAUUCAGCAAUAGAGUUCGGAAUCACUCGAAGGAGAAGCGAUCGAAUAGGAAGACAUACACAAAGCCAGGAAUGUUUCGAGGAAGAGAGUAUUCACAAAUUCAUGAUGAGCAAUUACAGGCAGCCCGAGAGCAAAGCGAUAUUGCUUUGGAAGAGAGGAUUAUGAACCUUCAGCGAAGACCUACCGGAUUUGAGGAAUUGGGUAAUCUGGACGAAGAGUUCUUAUAUGAUGGUCAGAACGCGGGGGAGGAGCAAGUUAUGAAUACUGAUUUACAACUGUUUGUUCAAUCUUUGUCGAGAUGCUUCGGAGGAAGUAAAUUCGGAUUAUCCUUCGAAUUCGAGGAUCUGAAAUUCCAUCCACCAAAGGCACCGAAGCCUAUUCUUUCACAAGUUUCGGGUUUGAUUGACGCAGGAAGUUUAUGGGGUGUAAUGGGUGCUUCAGGAGCUGGAAAAUCUACUUUUGUAAAUGUUCUCAUGGGUAAGACGAAAAAUACUGGUGGAGUCACUAAGGUUAAUGGCGUUGCUGGUGAUAUCUCGAAGUACAAGAAAAUCAUUGGAUACGUACCCCAAGACGAUAUUGUUCUACCAGAACUUACUGUUCGGGAAAAUAUCCUUCAUUCCGCUAGAAUCAGGUUACCAUGCACAUGGAAGGAGGGCGAGAUUCAACAUCAUGUUGAUGUUUUACUUGCUUGUCUUCAACUUUCUCACGUCAAAGAUUCAUUAGUAGGUAGUACUGCUGCUCCAGUUAUUUCAGGUGGCCAAAGAAAAAGAGUCAGUAUUGGUAUGGAAUUAGCGGCUGCACCUAUGGCUCUUUUCCUUGAUGAACCUACUUCUGGGCUCGAUGCGACAGCCGCAAAUUCUAUCAUGAAAACUCUCAAAGCUCUCUCUCGUCUUGGUAUGACAAUAGUAACUAUUAUUCAUCAACCACGACAAGAAAUUUUCGAAUCUCUCGAUAGUCUUGUACUCCUUGGCGCAGGUCGAAUGAUUUACUUGGGACCUCAAGUAGGUGUAAAGCCUCAUUUCGAACGUCUCGGUUUUAAAUUCCCCGACCAUGGUAACCCUUCCGAUGUUAUGGGUGAUAUCAUUGCUGGCGAAGGUCGUCUCUACAAACGUACUGGAGAUGCUAGUAUCCAACCUCUUAUAGAACAUUGGCAAAAUCAUCCAGAUAACGCAUAUGAAGAUGUAAAAGGUCCUGGUGUUUCAAUAGGCGAAUCAAACGCUCUUGCUUCGACCAUCAAAACUCGUGGUACAUACUGGUAUCGACAAAUUUGGUUUUGUUUCCAACGUUCUCUCGUUCAACAAUAUCGUGUAAAAGAGUCAUUUUACUUUGAGUUAGGCGUCGGUGCCGGCUCAGGUUUCUUAAUCGGUCUCGCCGAACUCAAUCAAAAAGGUGCAAAUUUCCGUGGUAUUUUCAACGAGCCAUAUCAAUUGCUUUCUUCAUCGAUCGAUUAUAACUCUGUUCCUCAAAUGGCACUUCUUGUCGGUCUGGCUAUUGGUCUCACUGCUUCAGCACCAGGAGUAAAAGUAUUCGGUGAGGAAAAAUUGGUUUAUUGGAGAGAAGCUGCAGCGGGACACAAUCGCUUCGCGUAUUACGUCGGAAAGGUUCUCUCGACAAUGCCAAGAAUGAUUCUUGCAAAUUUUCACUUCACAGUAUUUUUUGCGUUCAUGACUACACCGGUCAUUGGCUGGAUGGAUAUGUUCGCUGCUAAUCUCCUUUAUUUCUGGUGUAUAUACGGUCUCGCAUCCUGCGUCUCUAUGGUUACCCGUCGUGAAGACGGACCUCUUCUUUCAGUUAUGGCAUCUCUGAUUGUUGGUGUACUUAAUGGUAUGUCGCCUUCUCUUAAAAAGGUACGAAGUUGGCAUUUAAUUUGGCUUUGGAGAUCAACUCCGGGCACGUGGUUAGCGGAGGGUUAUUUCACGCAGAAUAUUAGUCCGAUGGGUUAUCUGUAUAAUAUUGAGACGGCGAAGAAUGCGGUCGGGUAUGAUUUAGAUCAUUUUACCGAGGAUUUGCUUAUGCUGCUUGCGUUGGGGGCGGCGUACAGAGUUAUUGCGUUUGUGGGGUUGAGGGGAAUGUAUAGACAUAAGCAGAGAUAG